UCGACCAAUUUACACUUUAAUAUAGAAAUCACACGCUGAGAGGUCACCCAGGAUGAAUCGGAGUAUAACGUUACUUUUUUCAAAUUGUGACUUUUAUUGUGCGCGAGUGCGCCCAAUGAGGCGAAAUUCCGCUAAAACGCUUGCGCUCGCAAUCAUGCGGCCAACUUCUGCCGAGUGGGCGGAACCCUCACGUGACGCCCGCCGUGAAACCAAAUCGGAAUUUGGCGUCAAGACUGGAUCCCGCUGUGGACGUGGCCCGCCUUGCCUGGGCCGGCUGCCUGCCUCCCUUCCUGGCUGCCUGUCUGGCUUUGCGGAUCUUCCACGUGGACGAGAACGCGCUCCCUUUCCAUUCCUGACGCAGUGCAGUGCCCGCGGCGCGUUCACGUGCCAGCAGCAGCAGCAGCAGCAGCAGGAGGCGCUACCACCGGUACGUGAACGCAACACUUGGCGAAAAUUAGCUCACCCUGCAUGACCUCCCUUUUCUGCUCUGACUUCAAGUGGCGUGACAGGCAUUGGUCAUGGAUGCGCAUCUGAGCAGACUGUUCCCUUCAGUUCUGGUUCUUGUUCUGGUCCUGCAGGUUCACCUGUCCCGGACUGCACCUCAACGGGAGGAUCCAGAAAAACCCAACCCGGAUUCCACCGUGCUGACCAAUCCUUUCGGGUCAGGAGAGGAGGAGCGAAGGUUGCUACAACGUUACAUUGAGUUAACAAGAAAAGACGGCAUCACGAUCAACUCGCGGGAUGAAGAGGUGUUCUACCUGUUUCGUCUCUAUGACUUCGACCGCAGUGAACGACUGGACGGCUUGGAAAUGAUGAAGCUGCUCUCGGACUACAACUCCCAGCAUGCACCUGAGGACCAGGCCAACGACAUGGUGGUGUCCUUGGUAGAUUUUCUUCUUCAGAGUCAGGAUGUAAACAAGGAUGGUCUCCUGGCCCCCUCGGAGCUGCUCUCUUCUCCAGUGGCUCGCCCGCCAGAGAACAACGACAUCCCCGUUGAGGAUCAGAGGGUGAAAGCGGACGAGAGGAUGCCAGACGUCGACGGCAACCAUGAGCAAGAAGAUGUGGGGGAACGAGCAGAAGAGCCCGCUGAACACGAUCAACCUCUUCAAGAUGAGCCGCUGAGGGAAGUUCGGAGAGAAGAAGAAGAAGAAUCUAAACAGCACGGAGAUGAACGCAAUGGAAAACAAGUGCCAGAACAUUUUGCAGAGGAGCAGAGGCAUGAACAGGAAGUCCCCGCGCAUCAGGGACAACCCGAAAUAUGAACACACACACACACUGCAGAAGACGGAUUAUGGAUAAAUACUGUAUCGGUAUGUACGGUAUACUCGGUGACACCACUUCAACAGGAGCAGACCAACGUCUUAAAUGAAAAAUGGAUUCCAACUCAAGCCAUAGUGAUGUUAGAUAAUCGUUUACAAACUUUCUUUUGUACAAUUUCAAACGAAAACAUAAUAAAGCA